GGAGUUCACAAGUUUGCUAUGCUUGGUUAUACUGUGGGAAUACCCAGUGGAUAAGACCUCAUGCAUUGUUCAGUUGGACAUCUAUACCACCUGAGACUGAAACCCGGCUUACCUGAAGCUUGAUUAAUCCAAGCUUCUCUUCAACAGCUGAGGCCCACUCGUGAAUCUGAACUAUUCUCUACCUGAAGUUCGAGACUUCUUCCGCUCGGAUCCUAAUCAUGGCAGAGCCAGUGGUGCACAAGUUACUUCAGCAUGCGAAACGUAUUUCAAAGCCGGUUAUGCGGCGGACUUUACUCACGGAGGCUGGUGAAUCUACGAGUAUAGCACUGCCGGAGAUGAAACAGUCGGCAGCGAACCGGGGAGAGGUGGCGACCACUCCCGUUCCCCGAAGCCUCCAUGAUCUGCCCGGCCCGAAAGGGUACCCUAUCGUAGGAACAAUUCCCGAGUAUAUCCGAAAGAAAAACUGGGGCCAGUCUCACGAAGUGCAGCGACGUUUUCACCAGAGACAUGGAAAGUUGUUCAAAGAGAAGAUGGGUCCGGUGACGAAUGUGAGUCUGGCAGAUCCUUCAUUGGCAGAAGAUUUGUUACGAGGAGAAGGCAAACACCCAUACAGACCCCCUUAUGAAUCCUGGGUAGAAUACAAAGACCUUCGCAGAAACACAUCAGGACUUAUGACUGCGCAUGCUGAAGAAUGGCACAAAUACAGACAAAUUUUGGGUAAACGGUUGUUGCCACCCCAGCGAGUUCUGGAGUGUGCUGACGAGAUGAACGAUGUGGUGACAUCGAUGGUGGAUAGGAUUCGUUACAUGAGGGACACACAUGGUCAGGACAACGUCUUGCCGAAUCUACCCAACGAAAUGUACAACUUUGCACUAGAAGCUGUAGGAGCAAUCAUUUUUGAAGACAGAAUCGGCUGUUUAGAAAAAGACGUCGAUCCUAAAGUUCAACAGUUCAUCAAUGCUACGGGUACAAUGUUUGAGACUGGGCAGAAAAUGGUAGUUGGUGCUAAAUUACAUCGAAAAUUAAACACAAGUAUUUGGAGGCGACAUGUCGAAGCCUGGGACACAAUCUUAGAUGUUGCUCGACAGUUUAUUGAUAAACGUUUGAAUGAGGUUCGUGGUGAACUGAACUCACCCUCUGAGUCGUCGACUCCAAAGAAAGGAUUAGGAUUUCUCUCAUACCUUUUGGCGGGAACAAAGAUGAGCAUCCCUGAAAUUUACUCUAAUUCUUCAGAGCUCUUAGCAGCGGGAAUUGAAACGACUUCAAACUCUCUAGUCUUCGCGUUUUACCUGCUGGCUACGAACCCAGACGCUCAGCAGAAACUUCACGAGGAAGUGAGUCGAGUGUGCCAGGGAGAAAUCUGCACGGCGGAACAUCUUCAUCAGUUCUCUUAUAUGAAGCAAGUGGUGAAGGAAACUCUUCGAUUGUAUCCAGUAAUCCCGAUCAACGCGAGAGUACUGACGAAAGACUGUAUACUGGACAACCACCUUAUUCCCAAGGGAACGUGCGUGCUUUUGAACACAUAUACAAUGUCCAGAAACGAGGAGUUCUUUGAAAAACCGGACGAGUUUAUACCCGAAAGGUGGUCACGUGAGGAGAAAGAGUUUCAUCCAUUUUCUUCACUGCCCUUCGGAUUCGGAUCACGGAGUUGCGUCGGAAGAAGAAUCAGUGAACUGGAGAUGUACUUGACGUUAGCACGGGUGUCCCAGGAAUUUGUAAUGAAGCCUCACGAGACCUUGGAGCUCAAACCGACUGUGAGGACAGUGCUUACCCCUGGGGAUAAACUUAACCUUAUGUUUGAGGACCGAUGAUUGGCUGUCACCUGAGGAACAGGCAUCCUCAUCCACGACGCCAUCUUGUGUAGGAGCUGGACCGAAUGUACGCCUACAACCCCCCUAAGUGGGCGAAUGCGCUCCUUGCCAGGAUACCUACAGUAACCUUAUACCUCAAAGGGAACUCUUGACGUUUCAUAGUGUGCAAAACCACAGUGUGCUGAUAAUUACCCCAGUUAUCUUUGUACAUCUUCUCCCGUCGCACUGUCUCUGUGUAUGUUAAAUGCCCAUGGAUUUGACCCAGAUAAUGACGUCGUACGCAAAAAAAAAACAAUUACAUAGAACUGAACUCCAGACCUUUUUGUUGGGCUCAGCAAACCUUCAACAAAGUCUGUGUUGUUGUUGUGUACAGUUGUUUGAAAAAGAAGUUGCUAUGGUAGGGAUCCCGUGUAAUUUAUGGGGAAACCCCUAACAUAGACAAACUGUCAUCUGACAUCGCUGUGAUUGAACUUUUUUCGUCAUAACAUGUUCGCAUAUCUAUGUCAGCGCAUACAAAAAAGACUGUUAUUGCCCGGGCUCUAUUUGAGAAGAACGUCCCUGACUGGCUUUGGUGUAUGUAUGUGUAUGGUACAAAUCAGCAGUGGCGUCACCUGGAAUUGAAACACAGACGACUUCUACUCUCUGCACGAGGCGGAUUGUGGGAAUUUGCACAUUGGAAACGACUCGUCUCAGGAAAAUACAUGUGAUAUUGAAAACUAUGUAGAUCACCUUGACUCGGCGAUAACCGCGUCGGUGGAAUGCAUGUAUUGACAAUGGCACAUUGGAGACCCAUGACAUUGUGUAGCUGGUGGAUAGUCUCGGAAACUGGAGAGUGGAUUUAUAGCUAGCCAUCUCGACCCCCCUGGCAGGAGAAUUUAUUGAAUUAUGAAGAGACCACGAUUCCAGUGAAAGGCAGCAGACUACAUCAGUGCUACACGUCAUUAUGAUAUUCAUCGUCGUUGCAUAAUCUUGCAAAAAUAUAUGUAGCCUAUAAUUUAUUAAAUGUUGUUGUAUAACCGACAAGUGUAUUGUUCAAACGAGAUGAAGAAUUUUAUGUAUAACCGGUGAUGUAACUGCUGGAUGACAGCUAUUUCGCCGGGAUUCUCUUUGACUUUUAUUGCUCAUUUACAACUGCUCUCAGCCCCACAUUCAGCCGUACUGACGCAAAUCCAGACAGACACCUCAAAAUACGCUUUGUAAACCACAGACUGCAGCCACACUCUAGUGACGUCACACUUACACGCACGCGCCCACAGACGCGCACAUACACAUUCGGCCACAUUCAGACAUUAAACACCUUUUCAUCCCUAUUGACAACCUUCCUAUGAAGCAAGAGUACAUAAGAACUUAUAUCGAGCUAUAUAUAAUGUCCUAAAACAAAUCGAUAUUAAAAUAAUAAAGAAUUUGAAGUUCAUUCAUCGAUGUAUACAAAGACAGUAUUAGCUCGAAUCAACUGUAAACAUAUCCUCCGUGUUUCCGG